AUGUCAUCACCUUAAUAUAGAAGUGAUCUUCACGUUAUACAUUUUAUUAUAUUUUAUAUGAAUAUAAUCAUAACCAAAACCAAGUACAUAUUCGGCUUGAAGAUUCAAGAAAUUAUCCCAUUUUAGUGCACGAUGCUUAUCGGUACGUUUCGUAGCUAUUAUUUUACACGCGAGACACUUAGAGGGAGAAAAAAUAACUUAACAAAAUGGAAUUAUUCAUAAAAUAAAAAUAGGCGCGGCGUCGUGCAACCAUUGAAUGACAGAAAACGGCCUGGUUUACCGCAAAAGAGUACGUUGCACCUGCGAAUGGAAGGUAAAGUUCGGUUAUGGCGUAGCUUUCACGCUGGCCAUCUUUGAGGCGAAGCGUCUCCUCGUGAUCGCCUUGGAGAUAUUUGCAGAAUGGCAGGUGAUCCGUAUCGCAGGUGGUUUCCAGCCGGUCGCCCUUACCUUGAUAGACAUAGCUCUAGGAUUGCCGUGCGCCCUUAUCAUCGUUUACGCUAUACGCAGGCGCAAAUCGAAUCUUUAUUCAAAGACUAGGCGGGUUCUAAAGUGUCUUUUGAUAAUGAUAAUUACAUGUAUUGCUAUGAACACAACGACAUUAGCUUUGAUAGGAUAUCACAUUAGUGUAAGACAAGAAACUUUAAUCGAUAUUUUCAACGCUUCCAUGCAUCUGUAUACCACUACUGCGUCACAUAAAUUCGCGAUCGACGAGAUCCAAUUUGUGUUGCAAUGUUGCGGUCAUUCCUCUUAUACUGAUUGGUUUCUCUUCGACUGGCAGAAAGUAGAUUACGCAUCUCGAGAAGAAAUGGCGCAACAAAACAGAAUUUCGGACGAAAACUACAGAGGUCUUGGAGUCCCUUUUAGCUGCUGCAACUUGCGCGCUACGACACCUUGCAUGCACUUAGAAAUGACAGAUGACAAAACAAUAAAUGUGAACGGCUGUGUAGAAAUCAUUAGUCCCAUUCUUCUUAGAAUCGUCAUAGUCGCUUACGUUAUGACUAUUACUUUGAUCAUUAUACAAGUGCUAUUGGCCUUUUUAAUUACUAGAAUAACCCGUAGAUGUGUCCCUCUGCGAACGUCCUUUCCUCAGAUAUGUCCCACUGUACCAUUCACUAUUAUAAACGCAUCGUCAAGGACCUACGUGCCACGACUUCUUUCGCUUAAGAAAUCCGUUCGGCGUAAAAAAUCGAGCAUGCACCAUUGUCCAUCGAUGACUAAAGAUGUUUUUAUGAAGGAGAACCGGAAAAGUAAAUCGUCUAAGUCUAAGGUCGGAUGCAGAUAUCCCAUUUUGAAUCACGGAAAUCAUACUUGGGAUGUAGCAAAGAUUAAACCGAGCGUUCACGAAGAGCAUAAAAUAUCCGUGGAAUGUCGUCAUAACAAAUGUGCGCGUUGAAGCCACUUUGCACUAAUGAACCAUAGAUCUUCAGAGCGAUUAAAACGGUGACUGUCUUUCUAACAAACUGCGUAUUAACAAUUGCAAAACACUAAUUGCUACGAUUAGAAAGAUGCAUUAAAAAUGUUCAAGA